UCUAGACCUCACGUUUUGCGUCUGCAAACACGAAUGUCUUCAGCGAAGCAGUGGACGCUCUUUUUUAAGGAGGCAGGACUGCCAAGCGGCGUUGCUUUUGAGUAUGCAGUUAUAUUCAGUGACAAUAGAAUGAAAGACGACAUGCUAGGAGAGUUAAACAAGGAACUUCUUGGCGACAUGGGAAUUAAGAAAAUAGGUGACGUGUUGUCCAUACUCAGACACUCGAAAGCAGUUCAUGCAGAGCAAGAAAGACAGAAGUCGGCCAGCUUGCUGUCAGAGAAGGUAGGAGUAAGAACUUCCGCUCUUGUUAGUCCACUUCCAUCAUUAGAUUCAGAGCAGCAACAGAUAAUUCAGACUCAAUCGCCAGAACGCUCUGUAUCUAAUGGAUCGAGAACGACACUGAGUGGUUUUAGCGACACUUGGCUAAGGUCAGACGUUCACAGGUUAAAAGAAUUGUCUAGCGAGAGCAUGGGAAUGGAAAAACGACGUCAGAUAGUGCCUCCACGUAAAGCAAAAGCAGCAGUACCAAUACAAGAAAUAGACCUAAGGAAUUCAAAGAGAAUGACAGAAGCGGAAGAUGCUGGUGACUACGUGGUGAAAAUGCCGAGAGGCACAACAGCUAAGACGAGACGUGUACUACAAAUGCAGUCGACCCAGAAAUCUCCAGAUGUCUUUGGACGCUUAGGGGAUUCACUUUGGGCAAUAGACCGAGGCCAGUCCAGCACUAAAGCCGUGAAGGUACGGAAUGAGGACAGUGCAGCAUCAAACUCGGUCUUUACUCGAUUAGGACAUACAAGCAGUAAAGCUCAAGCGGUGGGUCAACGACGUGUUGAAGCGUCAGGAGGACGUCAAGUGGGGGUUGGAACCGUAUCCCCCACUGUUCCUGCUAAAACACAGCAGCGGAGGGUACUGCAGACGCGUGAGACAUCAGUGUUUGACCGCCUUGGAACGUAG